UUCGAAAUUUUGACAUACUCCAUGUUUUAGAGCACACUACGGAGUAUAAUGAAACCAAGAUAGCUGUAUCAUGUGCGRUUCACAGAUCAUAGGGUCUUACAAGAGGUAUAGGUCUAAAAAAGGGCCUAAAAAUGCCACUUUCAUCAUGCUUUUCUCAGAAAUGGUUUGUGAUGCAAAUGUAAAAAUCCUAUCAAACAUCCCUCCUCCCAAAGAAGUUUCUAUGUGAGAAUUGCCAUAACAAUCUGAAAUACMAAUUUUUUGGGGUGCUAUCCUGGCGUGGAAUCGCCCACUUUCAACCUUUACUUACUUAUACUUCAUUAGGUAUUAAUAGUUAACUUGCUGUCCUGUAGAUUCUGGAUAUGACCUGCCUGUUGAGAAACAUGCCUGACCCAGGUUUGUAGAAUGAAGUUCAGGAUUUAAACCCAUUCAUUUUGGGCCUCCAGUUUCAUUACUGUGAGGUGCUAGUACUGUAUUAUUUUUUUUUUUGUGACUACCAGAGAGAGCAUUUGGCUGCCAUUCAUGCAGGAGGAGCUCGAAUGUGAUGAGGAGACUGUCAUCAUUGGCCACAGCUCUGGGGCAGCUGCAGCUAUGAGGUAUGCAGAAACGCACAAAGUGUUUGGCCUCAUUCUGUUGGGUGCCUAUACUUCCGACCUGGGAGAUGAGAAUGAGAGAGAGAGUGGAUAUUUUAGCCGGCACUGGGAGUGGGAGCAAAUGAGAAGAAACGUUGGGCACAUUGUUCAGUUUGGCUCCAAGGAUGACCCCUUCCUGCCUUGGGAGGAGCAGCAAGUUGUGGCCGAGGGCUUGGGCGCGGAGCUGCACAAGUACAUAGAACGAGGACACUUCCAGAACACAAUUCCCUGAGCUCAUUGACACAGUGAGAAAGCUGAGGGCAGCUGCUUAAAAAGCAGCAGAGUUGUCCGCCAUUGGAAUAUGACACACAAUGAGGACAAUAGCCCAAUUACGAUUCUCUGUUCAGUUGCUCCCUUCAUUCUGUGUCCCUCUGGGGAAUCCUCAUGUGGACCUUUAUGAUUACGAUAUGGAUAUUCCAAUUGAUCAAGUGUAGYUCAUUGUCAUCAACGUGCUUAUCUUUUGCUCYAUUACUUUGAGUGCUCUAUGGAAGACUCGCCAGUUUCGAUUCMCCUGUGUUUCCGUCAGUUUGAAAGAGUUAAGCAAAUAUUUUAAGAUUCACCCAUAUGCACAUUUUACUGACAGCCGUGAGUUUCSAUCGAACUGCGAAUAAAAUGCUGUGUAAAGAUGUUUUUAUAACUAAUAAACAGAAUG